CCGCUCACGAGCCCCAACCCAACGCCUCCUCGUUCGCGCGCGAAGGUGAACCCAUUAAAAAAAUCCGCCCAAACCCCGCCGCCUCCUUCCUCGGCAAGCUUCUCCCCUCCCCCUUCCAUAGAUACAACCUCCCGACCAUCCAUCCAUCCAACCAAGGCGCCGUUCCGCUCCAAUCUCUCGAUGCGAGGGCGAGGAGGGCUCCGCUCGCAAACCAAGGCCACGGGCCCCUCCGCCGCACCCGCUCCCGAUCCACCGUCACCGUCGGCGGCGGCGAUGGAGGCCGGCGGCUCGCCUGGGGGGACACCGGCGCCGUCCCCGUCCACCUCCGUCUCCCUCGGCCUCGGCUCCUCCGCUGCGGACGACGGGUCCCUCAAGUCCCCCGGCGUGGCGCAGCCUCGCCGCAGCCUGCGCCUGGCCGGCGCCGCCAGCCCCAACACCCCCACGGCGGGGUCCCCCGCGCGGUUGUCGGGCACUGGCUCUAGGUUGGGCGGGAAGAGGAAGGGGAGGCCUCGAGUUUCAGCCCCUGCUGCUGCUGUUCAGAACGGUGAGGAGUUGGGGAGUGAUGGCGCUGCCGGCAGAGACGAUGACGACGCUAGGGUUUUCGGUGGCGGCGGCGGCGGCGGUUCUAUUGGGCGGGGGACGUCCAUGAGCUUGCGGUCAGGGUCUGGGGCUGCGAAGCGGCAGAUGGAGCCGGAUGUUCACAUGAGCGGGGAGAUGGGACUUGGAUCGGAUGGAGGGGUCGGGGAUGGAGACCAGGUGCCUGAUGAAAUGCUGCCCUGUGAGGCGAAUGGAUCAGCAAAGCGGCAUAAGAGCAUAUUGGUUGGAGGGGCCAAUUACGUGUCUGAUUCAGAGAGUGAUAAGGAUGGGGAUCGUGUACUGCUGGCAAAGCAGCGCACAAGCAUUUUGGUUAGAGGGGCUGAUUACGUGCCUGAUUCAGAGAGCGGUGGGGAGGAUGGCUGUGUAAUGCUGGGCGAGGUGGAGAAGGCGCCAUUGCCAACAUCUCCUGAUGUGAUUGAACUGAAUGUGGGUAUGCAUGUGACAGAUGAGGGGAGAAGGGAUGGUUCUGUGAGGGCUGGUAUAGAGAAAACUGGAGAAGUGACUAGCAUGAAAGAAGACCUGUUGAGUGAGGAGUCUAUGCACGGACAUAAUUCAGAAGAGGCAGCUGGUGGCAUUAUUAAGCCAUUAUCUUCUCAUGCAGGAAUAUCUGCAGCAGAUGAAGUCCAUAUGGAUAUGCAUUUCAGUGAAGAGGUGCUUAUGCACAAGUCAGGAGAUAAAGGGAGAGGAAAAGAAAAGCAGGUUUUGGGGAACAAUGAAUAUGGUGCUGGUGCUAGUGUGGGUACUCGAGCUGGUGCCAGGACCUGCCAGAUGAGUUCUGUUGAUAAAGGAAAGGAAAAGAUGAUUGUCGAUGAGACUUUAUUUCCUCAGAGCUUAACUGAUGAUGAUGUGGAUUUGGAACCAUUUGUUUAUGAAGAGAAACAGAGCAGCUCAAUAGCAGUUGAUGCUCCUGUGGAGCCACUUUGGAGGCAAGCAGCAAGAGAGAGAGCUAUUAAGCUGGCCCCCAAAUUUGCAUUCUUCAAAGCAGAUGAAGAUGCACAUAGUGACGACGACGAGGCAGAAGAGUUAGAGCCUGCUGCUGACCCUCAGGAUUGGCCAGGUCCAUAUUCGACUGCGACGAGGAUAAUGGAAGAUAGAGAUGCUAAACUGAGAGCUAGGGAGUCAAAUUCUCUUAAACUUGACAAUUCUGUUGAUAAGGUCAUUUUGUGGACACCUUCAAAAGAUAAGAAAGCUCCAUGGCGACCUGCCCCGUCACUUGCAAGCUUAUGCAUGCAAACUCUUGCAAACCAUGCUGAAGGAAUUGAGUCACUUAAUGGCAUUCCUGAGGAGCUAAAACAUAAACUGUUAGUGGAACUAUGCCGUUCUAGGAAGAUGAAUACCCAUCUUCUUAGUGAACUCUUGUGUGACAACCCUGUGAUGCUACAGCUUAGUGAAUGUUCAUGGCUGAAGGAGGAUGACUUUGAGAUUAUUUUUGGGAAAUGCAUGACAGAAGUCUUGGAGGUUCUGCAACUUGACUUAUCUGGGCGAUGCAUGCCUGACUACAUAUUGCCUGUUACCUUAGCAAAGGCUCCCAAUUGCAUGCCAUUAUUGAGAAAAAUAUCUCUGAAGGGAAAUUAUCGGUUUUCUGAUAAUGGCUUAGACACAAUCAUCUCUGCGGCACCUUCUCUGAGUUCGCUAAAUUUAAGUGAGUGCUCUCUUCUCACUUCAGCUGGAAUCUAUAAUCUAGCCAAUAAGCUACAUUCAGUAUUGAGAGAGCUAUACAUUGAUGACUGCCAAAAUGUGGAGGCUAUUAUGAUUCUUCCUGCUCUGCAGAAGAUUGAACAUCUACAGGUUUUGUCAAUGUGUGGUAUACAGUCUGUGUGUGACAAGUUUGUGAAUGAGCUCAUACCUGUACAUGGUUCAAACAUAAGGGAGCUAGCGUUCGCUGGUUGCACGAAACUGUCCUCAUCCUCCAUUAAGACUAUUGGAGGGAGCUGCCCCCAGUUAACUUCUUUAGAUCUCCGUAACUUGAAUAGGUUGCGUGACUCAGCAAUGAGAGGUCUUCGUGAUGGUUGUCGGCUUAUCAAAAUAUUAAAGCUUCAAAGGAACACAUUCAGUGAUAAAGCUGUGUCCCAGUUUGUAGAAGAAUCUGGAGGAUGCCUCACUGAGUUAAGUCUAAACAAUGUCGAGAAGGUUGGAAGCCUUACUGCACGUGCUAUUGCUCUCAAGUGUUCCAUGCGCUUGGAGGUUCUGGAUCUUUCCUUCUGUCGUGAUCUGACCAAUGAAGCUUUGGGGCUGAUUGUUGACAAUUGCUCAUCGUUGAGGAUCCUCAAGCUAUUUGGCUGUACCCAGAUCACGGAUUUUUUUCUAAAGGGCCACUCGAACUCAUUGGUGAAGAUUGUCGGGAUAGAAGGGAGCAUACUGGAGCGAUUGGAUUGUCAUUAGUUCGUGUUAGAAUGAUGCUUCAUUGCACUGACACCAUUCAGUUAUCCAGUUUGGGAGUCAACACCUCAAUUUCUUCCCCAGUGCCUCUUGAACUCUUGUAGAAAUGAACUUCCCUGCCGAUGUCAAUUUGAUUCUCCUAUAGAGGAUAGUUUUUCAAGCAUUUAAACAUGUAUUCAUUGGACCGGUCAAUUGCUAUAUCAGGCAAACUAUUGAAAGGAACUGAAGUUACCUCAGUGAUCAGAUAUCUGGUUAUCAAAUUUGUUA